GUACACUCUAGUUCCGUUUUGUGGUACAGUGAGCCUUGGGGAAGUAAAAGUUACCGACAGAAUCGUCGAGAACAUUUGAACGAGUGCAAGUCAUUUGAGCGCGAGCGUAUAUAUAUAUAUACCACCGAGGGGCGCAUUCGCCGUCAUUGUGGAGUACCAUAUCUUCGACGUUGUCGCAAACCUCAAGCAGUUCGAGCAAUGUUCCCGCCUCUGUAGACGGCGUGCCCUCUGUGACUUCAUCCAGCGUGUUCGUCUGUCCCAUCUUGGAACGGUUAAAACGUGCUGGUGCUGCAGCAGUAGACAGGUGUGCAUUAUGGCAGUGACGAUCAAGGCUUACCUGGAAGGCGGGGAGAUCCGCCGAUUUGUCAUCGAGGAUCUGCGGGACUAUCGCACUCUUCAUGAUAGAGUCAAGGCAGCUUUUCCCAUCCUGGCUGGCAAUAUGAAGUUCACUAUUUCUUGGAAGGAUCCAGAGGGAGACGAGAUCGUCAUGUCCAGUGAUGCAGAACUGGCACAGGCUUUGCUGAACAUGAAAGACGGGUUGCUGAGGAUUUAUGUGACCGUUGAUAACCCCUGGGAACGAGGUGGAGCUGCUCCAUGCACGUCGACAGAGGCAGUUCACGCUGGAGUUGUCUGUGACACUUGUGACCAGGAGAUUCGGGGAGUGCGUUACAAGUGCCUGCAGUGUGAAAACUAUGACCUCUGUGGGCCAUGCCACGGAAGGAAGGUGCACGAGGAGCACGACUUGCUGAAGCUUGUCAACCCUGGCAUUCGUCCCUUGUGGUCAUUUCCUGGCUGGAAGCGCUUGUGGCGCCACUGUGGUUAUCCUCGAAGAGGAGGCUGCCCAGCCCCAGGAGGUUCCCAUCGUUUUGCACACCGGCCAGACCAAAGACAGCACCCCCAGGAUUUCCUGCGUGGAAUUGGAGACACUGUGGCCAAUCUUCUUGAGCCAUUUGGCAUCACAGUCGACGUGGCCAGCAGCACUUCUCCAAAGAAGGACAGUGCCACGGAGCCCAUGGACACAUCGGCGGCGGGCAGAGGUUGCGAAAGCCACUCUGCAGAGCCUCUUGUUCCAGCAGCAGCCAAUGGCAGCAGCAGCGUGCAGGGGGGACCAUUCACAGAGACCAACAGGGGCGGCGAGGAAGCUGCUUCUGAGCCUGCAGCGGUGGGUGGCUCUUCAUUUAGCUGCAUUGAGGUUGAGGUGCCCUCUGGCUGGACUCUCUUGAAUGUGCUGCGGGACUCCCAUCUAGGUGACGAUCUCCCUCGUUCCAUGAGCCUGGCUGCUCAGGCUGGAGACAAGCCUGUCGACACUGCCUUGGGCCAGAUGCUGGCCAUGGGAUUCAACAAUGAGGGUGGCUGGCUGCGUCAGCUGCUCGAGGUCAAGCAUGGAGACAUUGGAGCAGUCCUCAAGUCGCUGCAUCCUUCUCCCAAAUGAGGCCGCUUGACCAGUGGUUGGAAUAAUUUUUUUUUGUCAUGAGCACUGCUUUGGUAGUGUUCAUGGUAAAGAAGAAGCUUAUGUGCACACCUAAAGAUAACACAUAUGGUAGCGUUAAUUUCAUGUGGCUCCAAAAGACCAGUUCAUGAUUUUGCUUUGACAAUGUCUGCCUAGGCGAGCAAUGUAAACAAAAAUGACAUCUAGUUUUCUUAACACACAUUUUGUUGUGAUCUCCCUUCACAAGGGCAGGUUGCGGGAUUGCACCCCAGCUGCGGCGGGUGCAUUUUCAAUGUAGACGAAAAUGCUGCAGGCCUGUGUGCUCAGAUUUGGGUGCACGUUAAAGAGCCCCAGGUGGGCGAAAUUUCUGGCACCCUCCACUCUCAUAAUCAUGUGGUGGUUUUAGGACGUUAAACCCCACAUAUUAAUCAACCUUCACAAGUCAACUACAACCAAUUAACUAUGCAUGACUAAGUGUGCCAACAUUUCUGAAGGCAAGCAGAACUUGUUUACAGAUGUUUAAACAAGCCUUUGCUUCUAAGUCGGUGGUUGCAGCUGCACGUACUGUGGAAGCUCGAUUAUGCAUGACCUGCAUUUUACAACAGAUGAGUUUGGUCCUGGCAAAACCCUUAAAAAAAUUAUGUACUAAAAUACCUACAGUGCAAUAUUAUACCAACUUCACCAGUUACAAUGCUUUUUUUUUCUCCCUCAAGUCUAAUUCGCCCCAAGGUUUUGCGAAUUUAAAAUAAAGAUGCACCUGAAUUUGAUACUAGAUUUUUAGCCAAAAACUGAAGGGCUCCCAUAUUGACAAUUAUACAAGAUGGAGACAUGCACAAUUUGCUUCACAGAAUUGAGAAUUUGUUCACUUGACAAUGCCUUUACUGCAGUGACCCAGUCUUUUAUUGGUUUUUUAAAAGCAAUGCAGCGGCUUUUUGGUGCUCCUUGCUUGUGUUCGCAUUGAAGGGCCAUUAAGGCCCUUUUCUUUCUAGAUGUUCUCAGCAGGAUUGUUUCUUCAAGAGCAAAUUCGGGCCAUAAAAUUAUUUACUCAAAAUUGUGUAAAUUUUCAAGCUUGUUUCAUUCUAUUGUUUAGUGUGUAUCAUUCCAUAUUGCUUAUCUUGCUUGGACUUUCUGUGUGCAGUAUUUUACAAAUAAUAAAAUAAACAUUAAUUGGUACAAGUCU